CCUUUUUAUUGUUAAAAAUAAAAAAUUUAACAAUAAACUAAUGCAUGGUACCUAAUGGGCUAACCGCUAACCAUAAAAUAAAAGAGUUGAAUGGGCCUGACCUACAUGGGAUUUGGCCAUCAAGUAAAACAAAUGAACAUCAUUGGUUUGUCAUUCUAAAACAAGCUAUUUUCUAUUAUGCUAUUAUUUUAUAUCUUAGUGGCUAAAAUAUAAUGUAUUUUAAAGUUAUUCAAUGGUUCAACCUCGACCAACACAAUUAGUCCAAUUUUUAUCAUUUCAAAUAUAUAUUUUAUAAUUAUUUGAUAUCACAAUGAUCAAAUUAUAGUGUAUUUUAUAGGGAAUCGUUUGGUAUUUGUUAGUAAAAAACUAAACAUAACGAUCUAUUUGGUUAUUUUAAACAUUAUAACAAUCCUAAACAUUUUCAGUUCCUUUUGAAUUUCCAUGGUUUUAAUCUCGAUUAAGUGAUGUGCAAAUGGCGAAUUGUAGUCGUCUCUUUUCUUUCACUAUUUUUUUUAUUUUCAAAUAGAAAGUUUAAAAGUAAAGAAUAAUUAGAAUUUGGCAUGGGUCGAUCGAAUAGGCUGAAUUUCAAGUUUUGGCCCGUUUGUUUUAUGCAUUGCAAAUUUAUUAGCAUGUUGAUGGAAAUGGCUUGGAAAAAAGACAUAUAAGUUGUACCUUUGCAGAAAUAUCCUAAAAUGUUUGAAUGCUUUGUGAAUCAGGUUCCGUGACUUUUGUGAUGGUGUAUGUGCUUGACGAUUGCUCUUUUGAUUUUCCCUAUGAGUUGUGAUACCAGUUCUGGUGGUUGCAGCAUGUUGUCGUUGUUGGCCUGUAAAAGUUGUUCCACCGUGGUGCUAAAUACCUUUCUUUCUUUUUUAACAAAUUGUGUGGUAGUGCUAUGAAACAGACCACCCAUGAAUGUUACGCUUAUUAUGGUCCGUUCUUACUUCCGGUGGUGAGAAAUUGUGAAUUGAGAAUCAUAUUCGGCUACCGCACUGUGUCUGGCUGGUGGCUGCUUACUGUGCUCUCUAGAGUUAUGAAACAGACUACCCAUGAACGUUACCCUUAAGAGUCCAUAACUUUGCGAAAAACCAAAUUUAGGCAAUCAAAGGUGGUGGAUGUAUGAUAUUUUUUAUGGCUUAAUUGUUUGUGAAUUGGAUAUAUGAUCUUUGUAUGAUUAGAGGGGAUGUUUGCUUAAUAGAAUAAUCCAUUUUAAUUCAUGUUUAUUUUUAACAUGAACUUUAGUAACUCAAAACCUUCGAGACACAUAUCACCUACUGCAUUGUAUCAUUUUGCCUGGGUGCUUGCUGUGUUGUCAAACUUCUUUGCCGCUGCUGCUGCUUUUACACUAACAGGGGAGUUAAGAACCCAUGAAUGUUUUCGUUUGACACAAACAGGAGGACUUGCUUCUAAAUCGUGCAGUUGAUAUACUGGAGACCAGAACAAAAGCAAUGUAUAACAUCAAAACCAACCAUCUGAACUAUUAGCAUUGUUGCUUUACUCUUUUUUCGUGGUUAGGUCUCCUUCAAAAAAUUUAGUUUGAUUUUAGAAAAUUUUGCUUCUGCAGUCCUGUCUUGCCACCAACGCGUUCAGUAGAUGGAGAUGGCAGAGGCGAAGGCUAUUUUUGUGUUGUUGUUGCUGGUUUAGGGAUCGGUUUGUGAAGAAGAGGGAGAAGAGAGGGGGGAAAGGGAAAUGCAGGAGAGGGGGUUAACUCUUUUCUCUGACAAAAAUGGAGUGAAGAAAGGAAUUAUGAUCAGUAAGGAUAUGGUUAUCUUACAUAACUGUCUCUAUUCUGUUGGAAUUGAGCUUGGGAGGCAGUGAUAAGGACGAGCUGCAACCAAUUCAUAGUGAGAAGAGAGCUAUGAACUGUGAUCAUGUCCUAUUUCAAGUUAGAAGGUAGUUUUGAGUAUAAGGAUUAUUUAAUUUGACAAGUUGUUUCGUCCAUGAUUCUUGGUAGUUUCAGUGCCAUUCUAGCCAUUGUUUAGUCUGUAAUUUUUGAGAAUUGAUUUGCGAGUAAUGACUUUCACUUAGCUUCACUAUUAUGCGUGUAUUUAUUGUCAUGUGAUAGAAUUCUCUUUUCCUUUCUUUGAAUUCAGUUUCAUACUCUAAUUGUAUCAUUUGUACAUAGGCAAAUCAUGCUCGAGAUGACAACUCGCCGAUAUGGCUGGUGCAAGGAACGAAGCCAUCAUUAGAAUUCAGACCGACAACGGGGAGGGAUGCCCAGGACUAAUUCAAUGAUGAUUGAUGAUGGUAUAAUAAAAACUGCAGUCUGCAUUAGCACCAAUUUCUAGGCCUAAGUAAAGUUAUUCAACCAGAACUCUGCUUAGCGCUAAAAAUUCCCCUCACCCAACCUUGAUCCUGUUUGACCCACUUAUGAAGAUUCAAGAUAUAUGACUAAUCCUCUCCGUUCGUAUUUUCUUAUUGACUCUUUCUGACCCUUUAGGUUGGGGCGGGUCGGGAAGAAUCGGAUUAGUGGGUCGGUCCUAAGCAAGUGGAAUCCCAAUUCCUUCUUCUCUCACUUGCUUUUUUUCCUAUUCCACAAGUGGGCAACAUACACUAAUCCGGCCAACAGGCCGGGUAAUAGGCUAGUAUUCAUGUUAUUUAACUAACUUCAAUUCCAAUUUAAUUUCGCAUUUUUAUAAUAAUUUCGAAAGCAAAAUAAAUAAAAAAUACAUUUGAUCCAAUUUGGUCGAUUCAAAUAUCAAUUCGAUAACCACCAAAAUCAGUUGCCCUUGUUUUCUUCAUAGCCUCACAAUUCACAAACUACACUAUACCAGGAGGAGAUAUGAUCAUCUAAAACUUCCUACUUGUUUUUCCUAUUUCCUUCCGCCUUCUAUUAUUAUAAAACUCUGUUUCCCCCCCUCUCUUCCCCUUUCUCUGCCAACUCCCAAAACCCUUAUAAAUCGCCUCUCAAUUCCCCAACCAUUAUCUUCUUCUCGCCGUUCGGCUCUCUCAGUUUCGCGUUACCAUCAAGAAUCCCCUCUCCGGUUUCUCCAUCCAAUCUUCAGUCGAGUAUUGUAAGUAAGAUCUUUCUUUCCUUCUUUAUCGUUUGGGAUUUCUCCCUCUCCGGAGUCAAUUCAUGGAUGCUAUUAGCAUGAGAUUUUGAUAGGAGAUUUGUGGGUUUUCAUCGGAGAUUUGUGGGUUAUUGAUUUCCCUGCUGCCCGCUAAAUUUUUUCACAGAUGGAAGACCAGAGUCCGAGGCGGAGACAGGUAAUCGAAAUCGAUGCACACCUUCCAGGUAGUAGCGGUAACGUUGGAGGGGGAGGAUACAGCAAGAUAUGUGCAGAGGCGCCUUGUGGUUUCUCGGAUGCACUGAGUAGCAAUUCCGAGGAGGCCAGGGAGCGGGCGGCUUCGAUGCGGAAGCUGCUGAUGGCGGUUGGGUUCUGUGUGAUUUUCAUGGCCGUUGAGGUGGCCGGAGGGAUCAAGGCGAACAGUUUGGCUAUACUGACCGAUGCGGCGCAUCUGCUCUCGGACGUGGCGGCAUUUGCCAUCUCGUUGUUCUCCCUGUGGGCUGCUAGCUGGGAAGCCACUCCGCGGCAGUCGUAUGGGUUUUUCAGGAUCGAGAUUCUUGGCGCGCUGGUGUCGAUGCAGAUCAUAUGGCUGCUCACUGGGAUUAUCGUGUACGAAGCGAUUGUUAGGCUCGUUUACAACACGGGGGAGGUGGAUGGGUUCCUCAUGUUCUUGGUUGCAGCAUUUGGUCUGGUGGUGAAUAUUAUCAUGGCGUUUUUGCUCGGUCAUGAUCACGGUCAUGGACAUGGACAUGGUCAUGAUCACGGUCAUGGACAUGGACAUGGUCAUGAUCACGAUCACGGGCAUGAUCACGAGCACGAUCAUGGACACCAUCACAGUCAUGAGGAGGGCCAUCAUGAUCAUUUAGAAGAAGGGCAUCAACAUCAUGUUGAUGAAGAGAGUGCGAAGCAGCAGCCAUUGCUGGACAAGAGGGUAAAGGGGGAGGAGAAGAAGAAGCAGAAGAAAAAGAACAUUAAUGUUGAGGGAGCUUAUCUUCACGUCCUUGGGGACUCCAUCCAGAGCAUAGGAGUAAUGAUUGGAGGAGCAGUGAUAUGGUACAAGCCUGAAUGGAAGAUAGUCGAUCUGAUAUGCACCCUGGUCUUCUCGGUUAUAGUCAUGGCCACGACGAUCAAGAUGUUGAGGAGCGUUCUCGAAGUCUUGAUGGAGAGCACGCCGAGGGAGGUCGAUGCGACGAAGCUGGAGAAGGGGAUUCUUGAGAUGGAAGAAGUGGUGGCCAUCCAUGAGCUGCACAUAUGGGCCAUCACGGUUGGGAAGAUCCUCUUGGCUUGUCAUGUCAAAAUCAGGCCUGAAGCAAAUGCUGACACGGUGCUGGACAAUGUUAUCAACUACAUCAAGAGGGAAUACAACAUCAGCCAUGUCACAAUCCAGAUCGAGCGUUAAUGGUGGAGGUGAGUCAGUUCUGUGGCCACAUCCAGAGCUUUACUUGCAGUUUUCUACUUAGAAUUAGUCCCUAGAUAGUCAACUUGAACUUAGUUAGGAUUUGUACUUGCAAGUGAUUAAGUUUAUCGCAGUUUUCGGUUCAUGACUGCAUCAGUAAGUCCCUUCCUUAACAGCAAAAGUUUUGUAUGAAUUACCAUAUAAAAAAUUGGCAUGUUUCAUCUGCUAUUUUCUCUAUGGAGGAAGAAUUGUGUGUCCAUUGUCUUGCUGCAUGACAGUAUGAAUGCAUCAACUGUCUGUCUGUGACUGUAGAAGUUGGGUGUAUCACUUUUGAUAUAUUGCAAGUGUUACAGGGCAUCAUGGUAUGAGGCUAUCAGGCUAACAACUUCUGGGAUUUCAAGUUACAUUGGGAUAGGGGCAUGGACCUGAUGAUUAGGUUAGAGUUGUGAAUGGAAAACGAAGUCACAGAGAAUGAUUUGAUCGAAGCUUCGAUCAUCGGGUCACUAGGUGCUGUGAUGAAAGUCUAAAGGGUUGGGUCAUUGGUCUCAUGAACAAGAGGUGGCUAGCUGGGGGUAUUGAGCUGACUGAUGAGUAAGAGGGUAGGCUCUAGUCUUACCAGGACUCGCGCAACAAUGUUAUGAUGCUUGUUGCGAAACGAUUCUGAUAUGAACAACGCCGGAUCGAAUUGGUGAAGACUAAAAGCUAAGGUAAUCUGGCAUGGUAGAAUCAUGAAUAUGUAAGGCAUGAUACGAGGCGAAAUCGUCUAAUUAUUGUCCACGAAGAAAACAUGAAUUCAUGAAUCAUCUGAUGUGUUCUUUUGAAUGCGAAGUCUUAUGCCCUCUUUUCCUGGAAACCCACUGCUCUGCAUUUCCUUUUCCUUCUGUUCUUCUUUCACGUUGAGAGAGGGAGAGUGGCCAAACUGGAAUUUGGCCACCAAACAAGAACACAGUAAAAAAAGAAGCCUCUCCUCCAUUGCCCCUCUUGUUUCCCUUCUUCACAUGCACAGUAACAAAAAAAAAAAAAAAAAAAAACAAGUGAAAAAAGGAGUCUGCAGUAGGAUGAUCAAUGACGUGACAUUUCCAUGAACCCAGCCAUAUACCAGCAUAAUAAUAAUAACCAAAAUGAGAAGGAAAUGUCGAGAGUUAUAUAUAAAAUUAUUUAUCUCUCAGUUGAUUCAUGUAAAAAAAAGACACGAUAAUCUACGCGUACCGAUUUUUACCAUUCAUUCAUUGGAUUGAUUAUCCUGAUUCAAAGUGUUGUUCAUUUACAAGCAACGAUAAAGAAUCAGAAAAAAAAAAUGCAACUCUUCCAAAUUCAAUCUUCGGUAUGACAUCAUUUAGGAAUACUGAUAAAUUCGUAUUAUCGAGAGAUCUAAUGUUGUGUAUCAUGUAAGCAUUAGAUUUGAGUCCCUAUCUAUCAGAGAUGUACAAGAAAUAGUAACUCUCAAA